AUGGUUUUAUUUCUAAUAGAUAUCUCCAAUGCUGCAUCGGUAGCUGUUGUAGUCGAUUCCUUAAGCCCAUUUUUAUCGCACAACUCUACUAAUCAUGUCUGCCUAAGUCUACAACAGCUAAUGAUGCCAGAUACAAACAUUAAUCAAGAGGACCUUAAGAUAACUCAAAUAGUCGCAUUACUACAUUCUGACCUACACGAUGACUAUGAAAUAUCUGCCAUGAAACACAUCGCAUCAACAACUAUUAGCCUUUGUGAAAUGAGUAUUGAGGACAAGUUAAAAUUUGACGAUUUAGAAAAUACAUUUUAUUUCGGCUUAUGCAAAACAAAUCACAUCAAGAAAUCUGGAAAAAUAAUAAAUAAGAAAGAAGUUUAUGGUAUUUAUAAUGAUUUCGUGAUUCGGAUAUUUGAAUAUCACCAGACUGAUAUUAAAUCUUCUACAUUGGAUAAAAGUACUUCGUCUGAUCCAACAGAAAAUCUCACUUUCAACUUAAAGCUAACACAAUCAGAAAAACAAGCAAGGUCUCGUUUGAAAUUGCCUUAUACCUACAGCGAUGAACGUAAAGCAGCUGAAUUAAGUCAGCCUACCGCAUCUUCUGGUGGUAAAAUAUUUUAUCAACCAGAUGAAGUCGAUGACUUUGAUGAAGAAGAUCCAGAUGAUGAUCUUGACAUAUAA